AAGAAGACGGCGCUGAUGCUGAUGAUGAUAAGACUCUGCUGACGCACAAGAGGCAGACGGACGGGAGGAAUGCAAUUGUUCAAGAGACUCGCUCGCCGUUAGACUGUGUUUCGCCGUUGGACGCUCGAAGUCGAAGAGAGGACAAGGGCGUGACACACAAACACACAGUGAAGCUGGAAAACUGCGGUGAUGGACGACGAGGAUGACUAUCGAGUUGGUGUCGGCCUCGGCCUGUCCGCGCUUGCCGGUACCGUACGCCCAAUUGCCGGCACUCGACGCUGACUGCCAAUUGCAAUUCUGAUUGUUUGUGGCUGUGGCUUGUGUGUGUUGGAGGCAGGUUUGGCGACGGCGGGCGGCAGUGCUUUGUCUUUCUGCCUGCCGACCUACAACCCCCGCAUCUUCGCCGUGUGCCUGUCCCUCUCUGCCGGCGUGAUGCUGUACAUAUCCUUCAUCGAGAUUUUCUACAAGUCCAGGGUACAUGGCAUGGCAUGGCAGCACAUGGAUAGGAUGACUGACACCGCCGCUCUCUCCUCUCAUGCUUUGGGUACGUGUGUGUGUGUGUGUGUGUCUGUGUGUGGGUGGGUGUGUCAGGAUGAGUUCAUCAAGUCUGGGUAUGAGAAGACUCAGGCGUAUCCUCUCGCAACUGCGGUCUUCUUCUGCGGUAGGUGGCUGUCAAGCGGAUAUCCUCGCGGAUUGACAAAACGCUGUUCUCUCUCUCUGUCUCUGUGUGUGGUGUGUGUGCAGGCAUGGUCCUUGCCCAGUUGCUGGACUGGUGCCUGCAUCGGUUGUUUGGCUUUGAGCAUGACCAUGACGAGAUCCACCAGGAGCCGCACGUGACGCUGGAGGGUCUGUCCAGGUCGCCCAAAGAGAUGGAGCAGGAGGCCAAGAUGACCCCACUCAGUGCCAGCUCCAGGCACAAGAGCAUCCCAGUAAGUGUGUGUGAUGCCUGUCGGUCGUCAGCGUGACAUGGCGAUCGGUUGGGCUUGUUCGUGUGAUGUGUGGUGCAGACGUCCAAAAGCUGCCCGAUCCCCGCUCCCUCCGUCACGCUGUCUAUCGAAGAAACGGUCGACACCCACCCGAGCGCCGGCUCGGCGUCAUCCCCGUCGACAUCUCAAGAUCCUCCCGAGGCGACGGACAAGCCCAAAGCGGAGGAAGACACAGAAACGGCGCCACCACAGGUGGGUGGGUGGCGGGGUGCGUGAAGACAACAUGAUGAAUGAGACGAGUAUCGAGUGCUGGUGUGGUAUGUGUGGGGCGUCAGGAGGCCAGGGGCGUGGCGGGAAAAGAGGCUGUCGGGAGGCCGUCAGGCGACAAGGGGAAGCUGCUCAACCUAUCGCUGUUUAGCGGGCUGGCACUCGCCCUCCAUAAUUUUCCAGAAGGCAUUGCGACAUUUGCAGCCGCACUGGCCGACCCACGAUUCGGGCUCGGUAAGAAUGGAGCCCACACACAUCAGACACGCAGACUGACUGAUGGUUCGUUCUCUUUGGGUGUGUGUGUUGGUUCAUGUUGGUUCAGGCGUGGCUGUGGCGAUAGGGAUUCACAAUUUCCCUGAGGGCGUGGCUGUGUCGGUGCCGAUAUACUAUGCGACAGGGAGCAGGUGCAAGGCCUUCACCUGGUCGCUCAUUGCUGGCCUCGCCGAGCCAGUCGGGGCCGUCCUGAGUAAGCGGCGAGCGACACACACAUGCACUGCACGGAAGCAUGCUCAGCCCACCGCACGCCCUUGGUGUGUCGUUCUGUGUCUGCCUGUCAAUCGGUAUGUCAGCGUGGCUGAUACUGUCCAAUAACAUAUCCUCGACGGCCUUCGCCAUUCUGUUCGGGCUGGUGGGCGGCCUGAUGGUUCACAUAUCUGUCAGGUACACACAAAAAUCGCAGCCCAUCGAGAUGGUCAUCUGGCAGCCGCCCCACCACCUACCACCACCUCCGUUUCCUGCAGGAAACUCAUACCAACGGCUCUGAGAUACGACCCACAGGUGAGUGAGCGGACGACUGGGUGAGGUGGGGGGGCCGUGCAGGGUGCUAACGGAAGGUCGGCUUCGUGUCUGUGUUGGUCUGACUUCAGGAUCGUGUGACCUCUGCCCUGGUGCUCGGGGGUAUGGCACUUAUGGCGGUCAGCCUGGUGAUCUUCGUGGCUAUCGGCUUUGACGAGUGAUGGACAGACAGACAGAC